GAUGAACAGAACUGAUCACGUGUCAGGCAAGCAAACAGACGCAUUUGUAGCCACCGAGACUCAUUACCCAGCGGCUCUAAAACCAGAUAAAUCAGGUUUGAGCUUACCUCCAACUGGCAAUUUGCCUGUUGACAAAUGUUUACUAUUAAUGUGGGAAGUCAAUUCUGGUUUGAAAUCUGAAGACAAAGCAAUUGAGGAAACUAGAGACGAGUAUAAAAGAAAAGAAAGUCAACUUGAAAGACGUCAAUGCAAAAAGAGUAAACUAAUGUCGCUGAAACAUAAGAAGAGUGAACAAGGCAAUUCUUUUUGCUGA